GUUAGUCGUUCCGUCCUUGGUUCGUCGUUCUCUUUUAUCGUUUUCCUUCGUUUAUCCAGUUCCAGUUGUUAUUUGUUUUGUAUCUGAUCCAGAUUAACUCAAACUCUAUUUUAUCCUUCCUUAGGGCCCCAGGACCAGAAGUUCAAUACAAGAAUUAGCAAGGAUUUACUGACAAUGUCGACUUCUUUGGAGAAUCAUGGAUCCCCAUGGCGAAAACGCCCAUAUGAUGAUUUCACUUUGGAUAUUAAGGAUAUUAAGAGACCACGCCAAAAUUACUAUCGCUUGGAGAGCGAGAGUUCAAAAGCCUCAGAUGAUGGAACUGAAAGCAUAUGCAGCUUUCAAGAGAGAGAAACUGAUUUUGUGCAGGACAGCUCAGAUCUAAACACAGAUUCUGAUGAAAAGGGCAGUGAGUAUGAUGUACAGUUUGAGUAUGAAGUGGCUAGUUUGUCAGAAGAUGAUGGUAAUUUGUUUGAAGGCUCCACAACGGAUUCAGAGAUGAUGCUUGCAGCCGCAGCGGCCGUUAUCUGUCAGAACUCUUUUGAAGGUUGGAUUACCGACGUGGAAGAUUCUGAUUCCAGUACGGAAGAGUCAUCGUUUAAACGGACCGAUUUUUCGACGUGUGUUCAAUGUAAGGGAGAGAAUAUUAAUCCUAUGUAUCGUUAUUGCGAAAAAUGUUUUCAGGAACGCAAAAAAUACUUUCCCCCGCGACCGAAAAGGCGGAAAAACCGACCGAAAAAGAAGGAAGCUACACCGCCCCGAGUUAAACUGGAUACAUUAAGAAGUUGCUUGAGCGGUCUAAGUCAGGAUUCUGGUUUAGGUUCGAGCCAGGAAUGCCCAUCUUUUGGAUUGGAUCAGAUCGUCGUUCCGGAACACUUACAAAGUACAGGUACGUCAAAAACUGAUGAUUCCUCUACAAAUCCUCUAGACCCUAAGCAACCAGAAAAUAUUGAAAAGAUAUCCAGAACAUCGGAAAAGUCACCUAAUUCCCCAACACGCUGUGUAAAUUCAGAAAACGCUUUACCCCAAAAAACGGUGCCUAGUUUAAAACGAAAUCGCACGAGCUCUGAAAGCAGUCUUUCGGAACACGAAACACCUAAAAAAUUAAAAGCUUCGGAAAGUCAGGGCUCAGAACAACAUACGUCUGACCUGGGCUCAGAAGCUAGCAGCUCAGUUUUGAAUAGUUUCUCGUCUGUCGGGAGCAACAGUUCAAGCAGCGGUUUUUUCUCGGAAAAUAACCUUCCUGUUAUGCAGAAUAGAUCGAGCGGUUUUGGAUCUGAUAAGUCAGAUCCCGAAUUAUGCAUAUUUUGCAAUAAUGCUCCUAAGAAUAGUAUAUUUUUACAUACUAACAUUGCCCAUUGCUGUUGCUGUUAUCCUUGUGCUAAAAAAACGCUGAAGAGCAUCAAGAGAUGUCCGAUUUGCAACGGUACUGUAAAUAAAGUACUACGUAUAUUCACAACUUAGGUGCGACGGCAUAACAGGGUUUUAAAGGUGAGGUGUUUGAUGAACGACUACAACUACGACAAAUAAGCGAACUUGAGUCGUUGAUUCAAGUUUCUUUUUAUUAUAAAACAUAUAAUUAACCCUAAAAAAGGUCUCAGAUUUAACUUAAAAAUCUGGCCUAUAAAUGCAAAUUUUAGUACUAUUAGAUAAUUUUUAAAAAUAAAUAUUUAUAUGUAGAAUAAGAGAGUUAAAAUAUAAAAUUAUUUAAUCUUA